ACAGAGCCCAGAAUUCGCACCUUGUUUUUAAACUCGUAAAGUCUAAAGAACUAUUUAUAACCCCACAAUCACCAAACAUCUCCUAAGUUGUCUCAUAGUGUUUUAUAGUGCAGUAAGUUUGGUAGGGUGGGAGCCGGGCGUGUGUUUGGACAGCGAUGGAAAACCAGACUAAGCGACGGAAAGACGAGGAACCCGAAGUGCCGUCAGUGUGGAAGCGAGCAUUCCAGCGAUCAGCUGUUUGGCCGGAUAAGGAUGAGUUAUUAGACGUGAUUUACUGGCUACAGCAAGUUCUGGCGCUGUGCGUCGGAUUGGGUUGUGGAUUAGUGCCUGUUAAAGGAUUUGUGGGGUUUGCAAUAUAUGCAGCAUGCUCAUGUUUAUCGGUUAUUUGGUACUCAACAAAUUUCCAAGAAGUUGAUCUCGAAGACACAUUUGGCGACAAAACCACGGUUUUGAAGGAAGGUUUUCCCAGUUCUUUGGCCACAUUUUUGGUGACCUGGAUUAUUGUCUACACGGCCAUGCAUGCUCAGUGACAGGUUUGAAGAUUCCAUUUGAGUAUUUGGAGAGCCUGCUCUCGUUUGCGACCGAAUGCUGCUCAUUGUGAUAGGAAGUGAAAUGGCCCGCUGCUCUGCACAGACGUCUGACAAUUGUUGUUUUUUUUCUGGUGACGCAUGAUGCAGGCCUUGGUCGAUUGGUCUUGGUCUUGUUCAACUAAUUUGCAAUUUUUUGGAUGUCUGUGUCGAAUUGCUCGUGAAUACGUUUUUUUCACGAUUGAUUUCUGACUAUUUAUUACUUGUUGUCCGUGUUGAAUUUUAAUUUGUUAACGAGUUAUAAAGAAAUCACAGUUUCAAA